UCAGUAUCAGGUAUACGUACUUGUGUGUAUAUGGUACUUAGCCCGAGCUAUGAUCAACGACCAAUUUUAAACUGGAUUAGAUUCAGGUUAUUGUUGUCCAAGAACAAGAGGAAUCGAUCCGACCCGACAUUUACCAGCGCUAGUAGCAUAUUCUGGAAUCAACGAUCGUAUACGACGAGAGCAGGUAGAGAAAGAGAGAGAGAGAGAGAGAGAGAGAGAAUAAGGGGGCGGCCAUGAACUGAAGCCGUCGUCGAUGCCGCCUUCAAACUUCGAAGUCCACGAGUUAAAUGCCCUCCUCAAAAUCAACUUUCAUGGCUGUAAAAAAGAUUCCAGCCAACUGGCGCAUGAUCCAUUUCCUCUCUCUAUAUAUAUUCCUUCUUCGACCUAUCAAAGCAACUCACUCCUCUCUGUCUGUCUCUUCUUUCCUCUUUAGCUUACAGAGACAUUUGCUUGAUUGUUCGAAUUGAUUGAGUGGACGAUGGCAGGCUUCAAAUUCAAUGCUCGAGUGGUCGUAUGGGCACUCGUGCUUAACCUGUGCCUGUUCCCCCAAAUGGGAUCAGCACAACUUAGACGGAACUACUAUGCCAAUAUCUGCCCCAAUGUGGAAAACAUCGUAAGAAACGUAGUAAGGCAGAAGUUUCAACAGACUUUUGUCACCGUCCCUGCGACUCUGCGUCUCUUCUUUCACGAUUGCUUUGUUCAGGGUUGUGAUGCUUCGGUUAUAAUCGCGUCUACACCAAACAACAAAGCAGAGAAGGACCACCCAGAUAAUCUGUCGCUGGCCGGAGACGGGUUCGACACCGUAAUCAAGGCCAAGGCAGCCGUGGACGCUGUUCCUAGUUGCAGGAAUAAGGUGUCCUGCGCAGACAUCCUUACCAUGGCCACCCGUGAUGUCAUUGCUCUGUCGGGUGGACCUUCUUACGCAGUGGAAUUGGGAAGAUUCGACGGCCUGAGCUCAACCGCCAGUAGUGUGACCGGGAAGCUGCCACAACCGACAUUCAAUCUUAAUCAGCUGAGCUCCCUGUUUGCUUCCCAUGGCCUGACUCAGACGGACAUGAUCGCUCUCUCAGCGGCGCACACACUGGGCUUUUCUCAUUGUGGUAAGUUCGCAAACAGGAUAUACAACUUCAGUGCACGGAGCGUGGUGGACCCUACACUUAAUAGGGCGUACGCUUCACAGCUGCAAGCAAUGUGCCCCAGGAAUGUGGACCCAAGGAUAGCCAUCAAUAUGGAUCCAAACACUCCCAGGAUCUUCGACAACGUCUACUACAAGAACCUUCAACAAGGCAAGGGACUAUUUACCUCGGAUCAGGUCCUCUUCUCGGACCCUAGGUCCAGGCCCACGGUGAAUGCCUGGGCCAGUAACUCGGCCGCCUUUCAACAAGCUUUUGUCACAGCCAUUAACAAGCUGGGUCGGGUUGGUGUCAAGACCAGAGGCAAUGGGAACAUCAGACGCGACUGCGCGGCUUUCAAUUGAGGAAAGAGCAUUUUUGGAUGGAUCGGGUAGAGGAAGAGUAA